UGGAAAAAUUCCUUGAUCCAUCUCGUCCCUAUAAAUGUACAGUGUGUAAAGAGUCAUUCACCCAAAAGAACAUUCUCCUGGUCCAUUAUAAUUCAGUGUCUCACCUGCAUAAGUUGAAAAAGGUUUUGCAGGAAGCCUCAAGUCCUGUCCCACAAGAACCCAACAGCAGUACAGAUAACAAACCCUACAAGUGCAGCAUCUGCAAUGUUGCAUACAGCCAAAGCUCGACACUGGAAAUCCACAUGAGGUCUGUGCUCCACCAGACAAAGGCCAGGGCUGCAAAACUGGAGCCAGGCGGGCAUAUGCCCGGUGGGCACAGCAUUGCAACAAACAUGAAUAGCUCUGGCCAAGGGAUGUUAGAUUCCAUGAGUUUAGCAGCAGUCAACAGCAAAGAUAGCCACUUAGAUGCCAAAGAAUUGAAUAAAAAGCCGACUCCUGAAUUAAUCUCUGCUCAGCCUACACAUCACUCACCACAGUCACCAGCACAGAUUCAGAUGCAACUGCAGCAUGAGUUACAACAGCAGGCUGCAUUCUUUCAGCCUCAGUUUCUCAACCCAGCCUUUUUGCCUCAUUUUCCUAUGACACCAGAAGCGCUACUGCAAUUUCAGCAGCCUCAGUUUCUCUUUCCAUUCUAUAUACCUGGGACAGAGUUUAGCUUGGGGCCAGAUUUAGGCUUGCCAGGCUCUGCCACAUUCGGUAUGCCAGGCAUGACAGGAAUGGCUGGCUCCUUACUGGAGGAUCUGAAGCAGCAGAUUCAAACCCAACACCACAUUGGCCAAACUCAGCUCCAAAUUCUACAGCAACAAGCACAAUACCAAGCCACACAGCCUCAGCUACAGCCUCAAAAACAGCAGCAGCAGCAGCCGCAGCCCUCACAACAGCCACAGCAGCAGCAGCAGCAACAGCAGCAGCAGCAGCAGCAACAGCAGCAGCAAGCAAGCAAAUUAUUGAAACAAGAGCAAGGUAACCUGCCAAGUACAGACUGCCAGAUGAUGAAGGACAUGCCAUCUUAUAAGGAGGCAGAAGAGAUUUCUGAAAAGCAAGAAAAACCAAAGCAAGAAUUUGCAAGUGAAGGCGAAGGACUCAAAGAAGGCAAAGACAUCAAGAAGCAAAAAUCUUUGGAAGCAUCCAUCCCUCCACCCCGAAUAGCCUCAGGGGCCAGAGGAAACGCAGCCAAAGCUUUACUGGAAAACUUUGGUUUUGAACUGGUCAUUCAGUACAAUGAAAAUAGGCAAAAGGUUCAGAAGAAGGGCAAAAGCGGUGAAGGUGAAAACACGGACAAACUGGAAUGCGGAACGUGUGGCAAAUUGUUCUCCAAUGUUCUCAUUUUAAAAAGUCAUCAAGAACAUGUACAUGGACAGUUUUUUCCAUAUGGAGCCCUAGAAAAAUUUGCUCGUCAAUACAGGGAAGCCUAUGACAAGCUUUAUCCCAUUUCUCCUUCUUCCCCUGAAACACCUCCUCCACCACCCCCGCCUCCUCCCCUGCCGCCAGCUCCGCCGCAGCCUUCCUCUAUGGGCCCUGUGAAAAUCUCAAACACUUCUGCACCCCCGCAGGUGCAGCUGCCCGUCUCGCUGGACCUUCCACUCUUCCCUUCCAUCAUGAUGCAGCCUGUGCAGCACCCCGCGCUGCCCCCGCAGCUCGCCCUGCAGCUACCCCAGAUGGACGCUCUCUCCGCAGACCUCACGCAGCUUUGCCAGCAGCAGCUUGGGUUAGAUCCCAACUUCUUAAGGCAUUCUCAGUUUAAGCGCCCAAGGACAAGAAUUACAGAUGAUCAACUAAAAAUCCUGAGAGCUUAUUUUGAUAUCAAUAAUUCCCCAAGUGAAGAACAGAUCCAAGAAAUGGCAGAGAAAUCUGGCCUCUCGCAAAAAGUUAUCAAGCACUGGUUUCGAAAUACGCUUUUUAAGGAAAGACAGAGAAAUAAAGAUUCACCAUACAACUUCAGUAACCCUCCCAUAACUGUUCUGGAAGAUAUUCGAAUCGAUCCACAGCCCGCCUCCUUAGAACAUUACAAAUCGGAUGCAUCGUUCAGUAAAAGGUCUUCCAGAACGCGGUUUACUGACUACCAGCUUAGGGUUCUGCAAGACUUUUUUGACACAAACGCUUAUCCAAAAGAUGAUGAAAUAGAACAACUCUCUACUGUUCUCAAUCUACCUACUCGGGUUAUCGUUGUGUGGUUCCAGAACGCUCGUCAGAAAGCACGAAAGAGCUAUGAGAAUCAAGCAGAGACUAAAGAUAACGAGAAGAGAGAACUCACGAACGAACGGUACAUUAGAACGAGUAAUAUGCAGUACCAGUGUAAAAAGUGCAAUGUGGUUUUCCCCAGGAUUUUUGACUUGAUUACACACCAGAAAAAGCAGUGUUACAAGGAUGAGGAUGAUGAUGCCCAAGACGAAAGCCAAACAGAGGACUCCAUGGAUGCCACCGAUCAAGUGGUGUACAAGCACUGCACAGUGUCUGGACAAACGGAUGUUGCCAAAACCGCUGCUGCCCCUGCACAAAGCUCUGGCUCUGGGACUAGCACACCCCUGAUUCCAUCACCCAAACCAGAGUCUGAGAAGACCUCUCCAAAACCUGACUAUCCCACAGAAAAGCCAAAGCAGAGUGACCCUUCUCCCCCUUCCCAAGGCACCAAACCAGCCCCAACAGUAGCUUCUACGUCCUCAGAUCCACCACAGGUCUCCUCGGCCCAGCCCCAGCCCCAGCCCCAGCCCCAGCCCCAGCCACCAAAACAAGCGCAACUUGUUGGAAGACCUCCCUCGGCCUCUCAAACCCCAGUUCCUUCCAGUCCACUGCAAAUUUCCAUAACUUCGCUCCAAAACAGUCUACCUCCGCAGUUACUCCAAUACCAAUGUGACCAGUGUACAGUUGCCUUCCCAACUCUGGAACUUUGGCAGGAGCACCAGCACAUGCACUUCCUAGCUGCUCAAAACCAAUUCCUCCACUCUCCAUUCUUGGAAAGGCCCAUGGACAUGCCCUACAUGAUAUUUGACCCUAACAAUCCUCUGAUGACUGGACAGCUGCUGGGUAGCUCUCUCACACAAAUGCCGCCUCAGACCGGUUCCUCCCACACUGCAGCCCCUCCAGCCAUUGCUGCUUCCCUUAAAAGGAAACUGGAUGAUAAAGAAGACAACAAUUGCAGUGAAAAGGAGGGAGGGAAUAGUGGUGAAGACCAACACCGCGAUAAACGCCUGAGAACCACCAUCACCCCGGAACAACUGGAAAUCCUCUAUGAAAAAUACCUGCUGGACUCUAAUCCCACCAGAAAAAUGCUUGAUCAUAUUGCACGUGAAGUAGGGCUGAAGAAAAGAGUGGUGCAGGUCUGGUUCCAGAACACACGAGCAAGAGAAAGGAAAGGUCAGUUCCGGGCAGUGGGUCCAGCCCAGUCUCAUAAACGGUGCCCGUUCUGCAGAGCCCUGUUUAAAGCAAAGUCUGCCUUAGAAAGCCACAUUCGCUCUCGGCACUGGAAUGAAGGAAAGCAGGCAGGUUACAGCUUGCCACCAAGUCCUUUAAUAGCCACUGAGGAUGGGGGCGAAAGCCCACAGAAAUACAUUUAUUUUGACUAUCCAUCUUUGCCAUUAAAUAAAAUGGAUCUAUCAAGUGAAAAUGAAUUGGCUUCUACAGUGUCAACGCCUGUUAGUAAAACAGCAGAGCUGUCGCCAAAAAAUCUUUUAAGCCCUUCUUCUUUUAAAGCAGAAUGUCCUGAAGAUGUAGAGAAUUUAAAUGCCCCUCCUGCUGAGACUGGGUAUGAUCCAAAUAAAACUGACUUCGAUGAGACUUCAUCCAUUAAUACGGCCAUCAGCGAUGCCACCACCGGAGAUGAGGGGAACACGGAGAUGGAAAGCACCACAGGAAGUUCUGGAGAUGUGAAACCUGCACUGUCUCCCAAAGAGCCAAAGACACUUGACUCCCUGCCAAAACCAGCAACCACGCCUACUGCGGAGGUCUGCGAUGACAAAUUUCUCUUUUCUCUCACCAGUCCAUCCAUCCAUUUCAACGAUAAAGAUGCUGACCAUGACCAAAGCUUUUAUAUCACGGAUGACCCCGACGACAAUGCCGACCGCAGUGAAACCUCCAGCAUAGCCGACCCAAGCUCACCAAAUCCAUUCGGAUCUGGCAACCCUUUCAAAUCCAAAAGCAAUGACCGGCCAGGUCACAAGCGUUUCAGAACCCAAAUGAGCAAUCUCCAGCUCAAGGUUCUCAAGGCUUGCUUUAGUGACUACCGAACACCGACCAUGCAGGAAUGUGAAAUGCUGGGGAAUGAGAUCGGUCUGCCGAAACGUGUGGUGCAGGUGUGGUUCCAGAAUGCAAGGGCAAAGGAAAAGAAAUUUAAAAUUAACAUAGGGAAGCCUUUCAUGAUUAAUCAAGGAGGAACGGAAGGCACUAAACCAGAGUGUACCCUCUGUGGGGUGAAGUAUUCCGCCCGCUUGUCCAUCAGAGAUCACAUCUUCUCCAAGCAGCACAUUUCAAAGGUGAGGGAGACCGUGGGCAGCCAGCUGGACCGGGAGAAAGAUUACUUAGCCCCAACCACGGUGCGGCAGCUGAUGGCACAGCAAGAACUUGACCGUAUAAAGAAAGCUUCGGAUGUGCUGGGCUUAGCCGUACCGCAGCCGGGGAUGAUGGACAGCAGCUCCCUCCAUGGCAUCAGCCUGCCAGCCGCCUACCCAGGACUCCCUAGCCUUCCUCCAGUGCUUCUCCCUGGGAUGAACGGUCCAUCCUCCUUGCCUGGAUUUCCACAGAAUUCAAACACGUUAACACCUCCCGGUGCAGGCAUGCUUGGGUUUCCUACUUCAGCUACUUCGUCUCCUGCCCUGUCUCUCAGCAGUGCCCCCACCAAACCUUUGCUGCAGACUCCACCACCUCCGCCACCUCCUCCUCCUCCUCCUCCUUCAUCCUCUCUGUCAGGACAGCAGACCGAGCAACAGAACAAAGAAUCUGAGAAAAAGCAAACUAAGCCAAACAAGGUAAAAAAAAUCAAAGAGGAGGAAUUAGAGGCCGCCAAA